CUUGAUUCAGGCGCUAAUGGAAUCUUCAUAGAUCAGGUCUGGGCAGAGCAAAUUGGACUCCCCCUUGUAAAAUUAGAUAUGUCUAUUCCUGUCCAUAACAUUGAUGGUACACUUAAUGUGGGUGGCUGUAUCACGCACAAAUUCACCACUGAAGCUACCCAACUAGGGAAGAUUAAUUCAAUCUUAGGCUGGACCUGGCUAUUUAAACACAAUCCUGAGAUUAACUGGCAGACAGGGGUUGUCACAUUGUCA